AUGGGGCUCUCGCAUGGGUCGCCGGGGGGGGAUCGACAGUUCGAGCAGGCGAAACUGUGGGACGACGCGCUUCGGCAAAGGCGUUUCGAGCAGCAGGAGGCGAUGCGCCGGAGCUGCCCCUUUCGCCCGACGCUUUCGAAAGAAACAGAGCGGAUCUCGCGUCGAAUUCGCCAGGAUUCCGCGCACUCGCGACGGGGCGGGGGGGAAACCCUUUCAGGGAACUUUCCCGAGGCAGCCGAGCGGCUUUACCGCGAUGGCGGGGAGCGUCUUCUCAGGCGGCAGUUCACCGUCCACCGCACAAGGUCGGAAAACGCUGCGUUCGUCAUUGGCGGGCGACGAAAGCUCUCCCGUCGAGGGGUCUCCCAACUCCUUCACCGUUUAGAAACUUGGCAACUCGAGCGCGAACAUCAUCUGGCGGUGCGCCGCCGGGAAAUUGAAAAAGCUAGAAUCCAGUCAGCAGCGGCCAUGCGGCAUCGAGGCAGAUCACCAAUCGAUUUUGAAGAGAUGAAUUCGCCGCUUCACGAAGAGGCCCCGCGGGCUUUAUCUUUGGAAUCGUUGAAUCGCCUUCCUUCCGCAGCGCCUCGUCCUCGUCUCCCUCAGGGCAAAACUCCUCAGGCUCUUCCUAGUGUGAAAAGCUCGCUGCCCUACGGGUCCUACGAUAGCGAUGCGAAGGAAGAUGAUGGGGAGCGUAGUGCGGAUUCCUUGGAUCUCACCAACUCGAUUACCGUCAGUAUGUUGUCGAUGUCAACAAACUCCGCCACUGCCGAUGAUGCGGGAGUUAAAAAAAGGCAGAUUUUCUACAAUGAAAUGCGUCGUAUUCGAAUAGGAGCUCUUUUUUACAAAUACGCCUCCCCGAAGGCGGAGACGGUAAGUAUCGCUGACGUGCAGGAAAAGGUGCGGCUUCUUUACCCUGAAGAUGUCGGCAUCACAGCAGCCCUGCGCACUUUUAUCAAGUCGGAUAAUCUGGCGCUAACCAAACCGCAGUUUAUGGGGGCAUUGCAACGUUAUGAGCAGCAUUACGGUCCUCAGGAGUGGGGGCGAACGGAAAAGGAUAAAAUCCUAUUUCCCCAUCUUGAAUUAGCUUCUACGCGGUCUCUUCCGCCUCCAUCCACAAGGGCCUCUCUCUGUAAGGAAAUCCCUCAUCAAGGAGCUCCUGAGGGUCUUCCUCCGCCGGUCCCGGUAGUACCACGUACAUCUGAGAGCGGAAAGCAACCUAGUAAAUAG